CUUUAUUUUGAUUCUUCUUCAUUUCUCCAUUACAAAAAAUCCUCUUCUGCUGAGCUAAAAAAAUCACACAAAAAUGGGCGAUCAGAUUGCUAGGGGUGAAGAAUUCAUGAAGAAAGCUGAGAAAAAACUCAGCGGUUGGGGACUGUUCGGUUCCAAAUACGACGAUGCUGCAGAUUUGUUCGAUAAAGCUGCGAAUUGCUUCAAACUCGCUAAAUCAUGGGAUCGAGCUGGAGCAGUAUAUGUCAAAUUAGCGAGUUGUCAUUUGAAAUUGGAUAGCAAACAUGAGGCUGCUGGUGCUUAUGCUAAUGCUGCUCAUUGCUACAAGAAGACAAAUAUAAGAGAGGCAAUAUCAUGUCUAGAGCAGGCAGUACACAUGUUUCUGGACAUUGGAAGGCUAAAUAUGUCUGCAAGAUAUUACAAGGAAAUUGCUGAGUUAUAUGAACAAGAGCAAAAUUUGGAGCAGGCUAUCACUUAUUAUGAGAAAGCAGCUGAUCUUUUCCAGAGUGAGGAUGUAACAACAACUGCAAAUCAGUGCAAGCAGAAAAUUGCAGAAUUCUCUGCUAAAUUAGAAAAAUAUCAAAGAGCAAUUGAGAUCUUUGAGGAGAUAGCACGACACUCCAUCAAGAACAACUUGUUGAAGUAUGGAGUUAGAGGUCAUCUUCUGAAUGCUGGUAUUUGCCAACUUUGUAGAGGUGAUGUUGUUGCAAUUAACAAUGCAUUGGAGCGAUAUCAGGAACUGGAUCCAACAUUUUCAGGGACACGCGAGUGCAAGUUGCUAGUGGAUUUGGAAGCUGCUAUUGACGAGGAAGAUGUUGCAAAGUUUACUGGUUGUCUCAAGGAAUAUGAUAGCAUGACAAAGCUGGAUGAAUGGAGGACAACACUUCUUUUGAGAGUGAAGGAAGCGUUGAAGGCGAAGGAGCUAGAGGAAGAUGAUCUUACUUAAAUUAUUCUUAUAUGAAACUGGUUUGUAAAUUGCAUUAUUUGUGAUUCCAAUUAUUUCUACUUGGUGAUUGUUUUCUUAUCUCAUGCUACUUAAUUUUUAACAUUUCAUUUUGUACUGAUUGAGUUUGACAA